UUGACAUGUAGGCCAGUUUAGCUAUAGACGUCUUACAGACCAAAUGCACUGUGGAAAAGGUGGUUCCUGUUUAAACUUCCUCAUAAUAGCACCUCUUCAUCGCUUGAAGACAGUGUGUUCUGAUGUAUUUUGACAGAAUUUGAGAAGACUGGGAAGUGUGCGGACGAUGUCGGCCGUCAGGUGGAAUGUUGUACUUUGGUUAUGUAUAUACUGUGGCGGCACCUUUGCGCAAACAGCCUCGCAAGAAGUGGAGCUCUUCAACUCAGUCAAACAGGCCAGUCUGAAAUGGACAUCUUAUCCAAACUCCAAAGCAUGGAGUGAGAAAUUACUGAAGAUGGGUUCAGAGACCCAAGUCCCAGUCUAUCAAGCCUGCGCUGUCAACAACAAACCCAGUUCAAGAUCACUACUGACUAAUUGGAUUGCACGGAAGGAUGCCCUGCACCUGCUAUUGGACCUACAAUUCGCCCAGGAAGAGGAGUCAUCAUCCAAUCAGCUGAGUCCACUCCAGGUCCACCUUCUGGAAUCAGACUCUCCACUGUCCAAAUUUAGUGAAUCCCAGAAUCCCCUCAAUCUAAAAACUUCUCAGACUUUCAGCACCACAACAGAAGUGCAUCAGAUCAAGGAGUACCUUAAAAACAGCCUGGAAUUAGUGUUAAACACUGAGCCUCUCUCACACGAUGGCUUCCAUCUUGGAUUCACCUACUCAGGGCGCUGCAUCUUCCUAUCCUCAGUCAGGCUGUACUACAGGAGAUGUCCUCCUUUGGUCAGCCACCUGGUUGGGUUUGAGGGAGCGUCUGCAGGAGCGGGGUCAUUGACAGGGUCCUGUGUUGAAGGCACCGUGGGGGUAGAGGGGCAGGUGGAGCCCCCUCAGAGGGAGUGCCAGGUGAAUGGGGAGUGGGGUCCACUGCAAGGUGGGUGCACCUGCGCCCCGGGUCACCAAGAAAAGGUGGACUCUUGUGAAGCCUGUAGAGUUGGAUACUACAAGGCAGCCAAUGAGAGUGGGGGUUGUCGCUCGUGUCCACCCAACAGGAAGACGGACAGGGAGGGUGCAGAAGGGUGUGACUGUCGUCAGGGGUACUUCAGCCUCCCGGGUGACCCGUAUGUAAUGGGGUGCACACGACCACCCUCUGCUCCUGUAAAUGUAACAGUCCAGCACCUCAAUGACUCAAUACUGACUCUGCUUUGGGACCCUCCCAUUGACCUGGGAGGGAGGCAGGAAGUGAUGUAUGACGUGGAAUGCUCAGAGAGAGAGGGAGGGACUGAUGGUCAGUGGGCAGUGUGUGGGGAGGCGGUCAUCUUUCUCCCUGCCUCAGCGGGACUGACCGUCACUGCAGUCAACCUCACAUGGGUCAGCCCACGGUCGGACUACCGGCUGUCGGUCCGGGCAAGAAAUGACGUGUCAUUCCACCAGGGGGCAGCAGCAGCGUCAUCAACAGCACCCAUAAUCAUUCAUAGAUGGAAAUCUUUAGUGAUAAACACCCCUGGUCCCAUCCCCCUGGAUCCCCACCACUCCCAUGUGGAGGGUCCCUCUCCCUGGGUGAUCAUAGGAGCUGUACUGGGAGUCCUUCUGCUGUUGAUUAUGGUCCCUGCUGCUGUUUAUUCUCUGCGGCGCAAAUACACCAAGCUCAGUCAAGACCAGGAGGUGGAACUGCUGCCUUCUCACACAGGUGUGACCUAUGGUCGUAAUGAGGGCUCACACGCUGCCCCUCAGGAAGUCAACAUGGUGGUGGUACCUGGUGUGGUUCAGUUGCUGGAGAGUGUUGGUGACAAACUACUUACCAGUCUGAGGGAUGUCCUGGUGGACAGGAACCAGCUGACCCUGGGAAAGGAGCUGGGAGCUGGAGAAUUUGGCUCUGUCUACGAGGGGAUCUUUACUCCAGAGGAAGGGAUGGACAUCAAAGUAGCUGUCAAGACCAUGAGAGUUGGACUCCACAGGCAGGAGGACUUAGAGUCGUUUCUGAAGGAAGCAGAGAUCAUGCAGCACUUUGACCAUAUCAACGUUGUCAAACUUCUUGGGGUCACUUUGGAGCAGGAUUCUCCUUUGCCAGUCCCUCUGGUGAUCCUACCCUUCAUGAAGCAUGGAGACCUGCGCCGGUUCCUCAUCGCUACCCGCUACGGGGAUAUUCCCAUGUUUGUGCCUCACCAGAGUCUUCUGCGCUUCAUGGUUGACAUUGCAGCAGGGAUGGAGUAUCUGAGUUCACAUGGCUUUUUGCACAGGGACCUGGCUGCACGCAACUGCAUGUUGGGGGAUGACUUGCACGUUUGUGUGGCUGACUUCGGCCUCUCCAAGAAGACAUACAGCAACAACUACUACAGACAGACAGUGAUUAUCCGAAUGCCGGUCAAGUGGAUGGCCAUAGAGAGCCUAUCAGAGUCCAUCUUUACUAGCAAGAGUGAUGUGUGGUCAUUUGCAGUCACCAUGUGGGAGAUAGUGUCCAGGGGAAGGACACCGUAUCCUGGGGUCCACAACCAUGAGCUCCUGGAGCUGCUGAACGCUGGACACAGACUCAAGCUUCCUGAGUGUGAUGACAAACUUUAUGAGGUGAUGCUGAGUUGUUGGCACAGGGAGCCGGGACACAGGCCUGGUUUCAGGGAGCUGGGGGAGACGCUCAAAGCCCUUCUGUUUGAGCUGCCCCCGCUGGAGGCCAGCCAGGAGGCCCACUACAUCAACCAGGGCCUGGAGGCUGCCACUCACAUUCCGUGGGUUGCCGAUGGAUAUGACAACCCCGGUUUCGAGGAGGGCGCAGUGAGGAACGUGUACCUGCCCACCCCUGUGGGGGCUGGGGCUAAUGCUAAACCACCCAAGAAAGAUGAGGAAGGAUAUCUGUUGUGUAUGAAAACUGAGUCUACUGUGUAGACAGUGGAUUAGGAAGGCAUUGUGGGUGUUUUAUAGAUGAUAUUUGUGAAAGAGACUCUGCUUUUUAAAAGCGUUCUCUGGUGUUUUUGUGUUUCAGUCAGUUUGGUGUUUUAUGUCCCGUCAGCUACGGUUACGGAAUGUGUUUAUUCCAUGUGUUAUCUCUGUGGUUAGAUACCACGGCACAAAUCAACAUAUCAAAUAUCGAUCAAUUCAAAUCACCUUGACACUUUUAUAUGUACAGUAUCUCUCUCUCUCUCUGUUUGUGUGUGUGUGUGUGUGUGUGUGUGUGUGUGUGUGUGUGUGUGUGUGUGUGUGUGUGUGUGUGUGUGUGUGUGGACAGAUUGCUGGGCAUUACCUUCUCUACUGAUGAUUGGUGUGCCACAAUGUUUCUCCAACUUCUGUAAAUAAUGUUUGAUAAUCAAUUAUGUUUUUUUUUAUAAUGAACAUUGUUUUAGGGAUGAUCUUUGAAACCCAUAACUACAUAAAAGCAUUACAUUUUUCCAUUGAACUCAAA